AGCUGUUCUUCAGGAACAUGUCCGGAGAAAAGCAUAUGGUUGACUUGCAUGUGUCGCACUUACUUUCUAGAUGCAAUAGUUCCGAUGAGCGCAAAUCCUUGAGUUUGGAAAUUGCUAAGCUUUACGCGGACAUCCAAGAGUACCGCGUAGCCAAGAGGUAUCUAGAGAAGCUUCCUUCUGGUAGUUCCCGAGGUCCUGCUUGUGUGUUGCUGGGUCGAGUUAAUGAAAUGUUAGGAGAUUAUGAUGGUGCCUUACGUGCAUACCGAGAUGCCGUUCUGUCUGACGCAGUUCCUAUUACUGAGCUUCCUCGAGGUUAGUGUAUAAAUGUUUGAUAACUUAUAUAGUAUGCCAACUGGCCCUUGAUAAGUUAUCCAGUAUGGAAGAUCUAAAGUUUUGGGCUAACUGCGCUCUGUCACAUAUUCCUGCUGACCCGGUGACAAAAGGACUGAGCUCCAGAAUUUCUUCUUAUGAAGUAGAAGCUGACGACUCAUUGGAUGCAAUGAAAACACAACUAUUAAAGGACCCAUGGAACGACCAAAUAUGUGUUCAGUUCGUGAGGGCCCACAUUAAUCGUGGAAUUGUUGAUGACUGCAUCCGUCACUGUAUGGAGUGUGUGAAUUCGAAGUAUCACUAUGAAUCUCCUAGUUGGUUUCGUUCCUUGCUUGACCUGACAGAAAUGGUCGACCGGUCGUCCUCACUUUUUCCAGUGGCCACCAUCCUUUCCAUUUUCGGGCGAAUGAUGCUAGUCCGUCUGGUGGCAUCCACAGCUUGUAUACCUGAUUUCCGCGGUCAUUUAGAACAACUGUUUAACUCUCUGCAAAGCGUAGCAACCGAACCGGAAACCUGCUUGAAAAACAUAAGCUAUGCCUGGCUGUUCUUCUACACAGGCGUAUACGCUCAACGAUUGCUAUUGCUGGGUGCGAAUGUGAGCGGAUCAACCCUUCACCAUAUCUAUCAGCAGGCUUCCAGCUUCGCCUGUGUGAAACCCCGUGAAAAAGUCAUGCUUUCGGUUCUCUUUUGGGAUCAGCUUGAAAUCUUCUCACUAGAGCAUCAUGUGCAGGCCCUCUGUCUUAUGCGGAGAUACUCACCAGCUGUGUCUCGCGAACUGCCUUCUUCUUGGCCCGCGUUGAUAGACGAGCUACAGACAAAUCAGAGCUUUGGAAAUUUUGAUUUCGACCGUUCGGGCUUGGCUAGUUACGGUCCCAUUGUUGACUCCCAGUCGAUCUGCUGUGAACCUAUAGAUAAUCUGUGGGAGGCCUCUGUUGGUCUCUUGCUGAAAAACCCGUGUAAUCUGCCUAUGGUUCUGUGGAUAUCUGCCCAGUUAGAUCCCUCCGGUGAUGACCGCACUCUUUCAGACAGUCGCGCUGCCUUCAUGCUAAAAUUUGUAUCGCUCCCGUUUCACAAUUCUGCCUUCGCCACACCACCUGUACCGUUUUCCGAUGCGGAUGUGCGUUUCACUGGUUCUCACUCAAUCAGUUUGUGCCAACUGGAUUUGAUAUCUUUUCUUCUGGGAGCCCUUACUCAAGUUGCGAUUCGCAGCGCCAGUGUCCUACUUCGUGAUCAGUUCUUUGAUGCGACAACCGUCGGCGUAGGAGCUGAUUGGCUUAUUCUCCCUCUUUGUUUGAUUCCCACAUCAUCCCUCCCGAGUGCCAUUCAGACGCAAUGGUGGUCCUGUGCCAUACAAUCCAUUACCGGCAAGACUAAUGGCAAGAAGGCUAAAGCCACGUCUCUCCUGCUUCACUGUGGCCUGAAUCAACUCCGGCUGCUUGGGUUUUGUACAAAGUGUACUGAGGAACACUCGCCGAUUUUUCCCAUCCCCCUUUUAUUCCGAAUUGCUCGUUCUCUUAUGCGACUUUCUUUAAAUGAGUCGUCAGUUGAAAGAAGAAGUUCAAUUGAAGAUUGGGCAUUCGGGUAUUGGUGCGCUGCCCUACAAUAUCAAACUUCUGGCAAGCACUCCAUCAUGGCGCCAUUCAAGACGCGAUUUGCUCUUCCCGACUCCGAACUGCCUGUUCGGCGGAAGGAGGGUCAAUUACGAUCGAGUUUCGGGUUUCAAAGCGCUCCUCAUGCUCUCUACGUGGGACCUGAUUGCAAUUGGUGGCUUGGAGUUCAAAGAUCUGUUGAAUCAUCCACUUCUCUUGAGUGGAACUGGUACACCUUUGGUGUAUAUCAGUUGUUGACCUUACUUCAACGACGCUUUACUGGCAAAGGAAAGUUUUCUUUCAAGGAAGAGCAAUUGUUUCGCCUUUUAAUAAGUUUAUUGGAUCAGGAAUACUCCACUUUCCCUCCAAAAGUGUUUCGUCUUGCUGGCAUCCUUCUCAGAGAUUGCACAGAGAAAUUACAUGGAAGUACAGCCACAGAUGACUUUUCUGAAGCCGACGUAAAUCUCAGCAAUUCAAACGCGUGGGAUCCAUUGUGUGACCGGGGCCAUGCGCAGUACUAUCUUAAACGAGCCGUUGAGUUGUCUUCGCGUGAUAACGCUGAUAACCUUACUCCGAUUGCUGCAUUGGACGUUACUCACGACUCUUCAUUCGCGCUUUCACAUACCAAUUUCUUAAAAGGCUCUUCGCGUAAUUCAUAUGCAUACACACAUGCACCGUUCACUGACUCCCUACUAGCCUGUCACAAUGGAUACUCAAAUAGUAAUGCGGAGAAAAUUUUCGACUAUGCUGACGUUCAUAGUAAGAGACCUGCUUCCACGGACCUCCAUUCGUGGACUAAUUCUGGUGAUCUAACUCGGAAGGAUGACUUUCUAAACGCCGAACAAUGCAGCAUGCGUUCUGAAAUUCAACUUGAGCAUUUUGAUCAAAUACAGGAAUUUGCCAUGGCAAGCUUCCUCACCAGUUGGCAGGCUCUAGUUAAUGGGCUAUCAAGUCAAAUGGCAGAGACUAAAGCUGAAUUGUCAAAAAGUCAUCAGCUGAAUGAACAAUUGUCCAUACAGCUUAAUGAAACUAGCAAGCGACUCUCUGAAGCAGUCAGUAAUUUCGUUCCAUCUCGGCCAAAUAUCGAAGAAGAUCAUUUCAGGACUCUUAUGCUGACAUCUUUCACGAACACGAUGAAUACACUUCAGACGCCUAUCAGAGAUUUGAGCCAGGCUAUCAAUGAUUUGCGACGCUGGCUGCCAGAAGGUAUGGCUGCAGCAGCAAUUGCGGCGGUGAAUUCCCAACUGCCGGCAAUCCGUACCCGAGCAAUUCCAAAUAACCCCAACAUCUCCGUCGAACCAGCACAAGUAUCACUUUUCGGUUCACAACCUGCUUCCAUGGCCUGCCGCCCGCCAUAUCCUGAUUACAUCACCGCGAACUCCUCAGUUUUCGCAACCGAUCCCCGGCAUGUUCUUUCAUCUGCUCCCCCUUUCCCUAUCUCAUCAUCCGUUUAUUCACUUAAUGGACCACUCUCUGGUGACUACGACGGCUAUCAUUCAACACGAAAGGACUACUAUUCUCAUCCCGUAAUCACCGCACCCGAGGCCAUCAAUCCACCUUUAGGUCUAAAAGUCCCUCCAUCAGGGACCGAUCCAGUUAUCCGUAAUGCUCCAGGUGCCGUAAGCACAUCUUAUGUGCCCCCUGUGGCCAGUUUGAAACAAAGUAUCCCCGUCAGUAGGCCUUUACUGCAACCGGACAAGCACACUGGUACUCAUGCUGACAAAUCAACCACUUGUGACACUACGAACUUCCCUGCAGUCUCUUCUCAAGCCACCAAACCGUGCGCAUCCCAUAGUUUGUUCCCUGCCUCGACUCACAAGCUAUCCACCUCCAAUGAUGACCCAGCCGUUAGAAAUCUGGACUCCAAUCGACGGAUCAUUCCCAACUUGGAAGUGACUCAACACCAUAAGGAUGACAGAGUGAUCAUUUGGGCUGUGCACGAUCGUGCUGAAUCAUUAGAAGAUAAGAAUGAUACUUUUAUGGUUCAGUUUAAAUCAUCCGACCUUCUUUCACAGUUCAUGAAAACUUUCUCAGCUUAUACUGCUAACGGUGUCGUAGAACCGGCUACCGAGACGGUGCAUUCCACUCCCAGUACCACCAGCCUCAUCCGCAGCACUGCACCUUUAGAUUUAACUAACCCAGAAAGCCGAUCAUUUUCUGAGACGGAUCAGUCGAGCCGUUCUGUUAGUCUCGCACAGAACACAUCAGACACUGAUAAACCUGUUACCUCCGACACGGUUAAACCGCCGAAUUCGUCUGAAAAGCCAGACGCAGGAGUGAAUGACCCGUUGAUGGCAAAAUUUGUUCGACAACCUGGUUCUUGGGAUUGUCCUGUUUGUUUGCUUCGCCACGAAGCCGUGGUUUCAAAAUGUCCUGCUUGCGGUACCGCAAACCCAACCUCUCGAGUGUCCACGGAAAUUCAGUCCAGACCGUCCGCCCCGAUGCCACUCUUUGGUGGUCUUACCGUAAGCUCAGGUGGAUUCGUGUUUGGCCAGUCACACUCGACCACAUCCAACACUUCUCAUGUUUGUAGCACGCCUAGCAAACCUUUGUUCAGUUUUGUUGCCAGCUCCCAGCCACUGCCCGUAUCGACAGCAGAUCCAGCUGGCUCUCAACGUGGCGUCACUGAAAAGGAACGAACAGUUGUCACCGAUGCAUCUGACUCGCCGACAUCCACAUUCUAUUUUGGAAAAGGUUCAUCUUCCUUUCCGACACCCGCUGCAGUCAAGAGCUCAGCUUUAGAUAAUAAGAGAAGUGAUGUAUUCACUAAUCUAGACUUGACUGCCAGUUUGCAUAAGCCAACAUCCACUGGAUUCCAGUUCAGUUUCGGGAUGCCUAAAAAUCUAGAUGUCAACGAGGACACCUCAGUGGUAUCUGCCAAUCCAACGGAUUCUGAUCAAGUAGAACUGGUAGACGAUAAUAAACUUAAUUUUAAACCUGUUUUGUCCGUGAUGCCAGAAAAAGUUGAAGUCUGCACUGGUGAGGAAAACGAAGAGGUUAUUUUCUGUGAGAGAGCAAAACUUUACCGAUGGGAUUCCAACACCUGGCGUGAACGUGGUGUUGGAGAGUUGAAGCUUUUGCGCACCCCAUCUACGGACGCUGUACGAUGUGUAAUGAGGAGAGACCACGUUCUCAAAGUAUGCUGUAACCACCAUAUUACGUCCGGCAUGAAUUUAAAACCCAUGAGUUCAACUGAUGGGCGUGCAUUGACGUGGUGGGCAAUCGACUUCACUGAAUUACCGCCUUCAGAAUUGGUGAAUUCAUCAGCAAAUCAUUCCUCUCUUUCAAAUGAACCUGAAGGAAGGCGGGAAACGUUCGCUGUCCGCUUCAAAUGCAUAGAACAUGCCACUUCAUUCCGUGCCGCUUUCGAAAACGCUGUGCAAAAGGCGCAUGACCGUUUCCAGACAUCUACUGCAUCUGAAAAUCCCAUCGUACAUGAAACAUCAACGGACGUAGUUCGAGUACCGGACGCGCCAGAUUCGGAUACCGUCUCUGAAAUUCGGAUGCCAGCUGAAGUCAAUGAGGAACAGCUUGCUCGUGCUCGCGAACUGAAACUUCCCGAUGAAUUUUACAAAUUUGAAAAUGGAUACAUCACAGGUGUUUCCGAAAACAUUGAUAUUGCACAAGAAGCGGAGGAAGAUACUUUGUUGGAUGAGGCCAUCCGGCGUGGUUUUCGUGCUAGUAUGCAACCAGUUACCUCCGCCGAACCCCAUGGGAUUAAAAAUACCUCUGAAGUUGCCGAUCCUGACAAGAAUCUCACUGUUACAGUCGCUGACGAUAAAGCAGUCGAUGCCAUCACUGCUCUUUCGUCACUAACGAAUAAAACACUUAAUCAAACCCAGACCACUCUGAACUUGUUCGGCUCAUCUACCAAUUCUCCAUCUUUCGUCCUGGGCGGAUCAAAUUUGCCUGAUUUCUCAUCGCUCAGCGCAAGUGUCUCUAAAGACUGCAAGCCAUUAUGGGGCAUUAAUACGGCAACCAAUGACAGUCCAUCAAUCACUUGGUCUAAAGCCGCAGCACCACUAUUUUCCAAGUCAACAAUUCCUAAAAACGCUGGUGAAGACACCACAGAGGAAUCGGAGAACUAUGAUCCACAUUAUGAUCCAGUUGUUACUUUGCCGGAAUUGGUACAGGUCAAAACUGGAGAAGAGUCAGAGUUGUGUAUCUUUCUCAAAAGUUGUCGUGUCUAUCGAUAUGUCGAGGGCGCUUGGAAGGACCGAGGUAUCGGGGACAUGAAGGUGCUAGUUUCGCCUCAACAGUUUCCUGCCGGCUACAGACCUGGAUCACGCGACGUCGUGCCGCACGAUGUCAACAUUGGUCCAGUUGAACGGGCGCGUCUUUUGAUGCGCCGGCAUCAAGUUCUCAAAUUAUGCGUUAAUCAACCGAUCGGUCCGGAUUUUCCUGCUUUUAAACCGCUUGGAAGUGGCGGCCUUGGUGUCUGCUGGUUCGGAGAGGAUUACAGCGAAGGCACAGCGGUUCAUGAAACCUUAGCGGUUCGAUUCAAGUUUCAAUCGGACACCGAUGAGUUUAAAGCCGCCGUUGCUCGAGCACAGGCUUUGCUAAAGAAACUGCCCGCAUAGAGACGAUGUCAUGCCCACCAAUCAUCUCAUGUAUCUCAACUUGUCAAGCACCAUUAUAUACCAUUUGUUGACUAACUUUUCGAAAUAUAGAUCGCGUGCGCUCCCCGAU